UUUGGUCGGAGAUGGCCUCAGUUCACUUGUUCUAACAGGAUAACAAACUAAGCCCAAGUCUUAAAGAAAUCAAAAGAUCUUAAAUUUUCAGAACACAAGCUCGAAAUCGUAGACCAAAUUUUCAGAAAUUGAUAAAGAUUAAAGACCUGAAUUUUCUAUUCUUGCCGCGCAAUUGGGGUAAUUUUCAGCAUCAAACCCAUUUGGUUUUACUAAUCAACGAUUACAAAACAAGGGAUUUGAAGGAGAAGCGGGUUGUUGCGAUCAUGAUUGGAGGUGCUCGUGUGAGGCUGAACAGGUGGCAGCAGGCGGCGGUGGCGGUUGGGUCGGCGGUGGGGGCAUUGCUGGACCCAAGAAGAGCAGACCUGAUAGCAGCUCUGGGGGAGACAACUGGGAAGCCGGCAUUCGAAAGAGUUCUUCAGAGGAUGAAGACUAACCCUGAAGGCAGAGCCAUUCUGUUGGAGCGACCUCGGGUAAUAUCUGCAAAUGUGGGUCAUGCAUGGGAUCUUCCAGCGGGCACGUUUUGUGCUGCGUAUGCAAAGUUCAUGGGAUCUAGGAACUUCUCCCCUGAUGACCGACCACCAGUGCGUUUCAUGGAAACAGAUGAACUUGCGUAUGUAGCCAUGAGGGCUCGUGAGGUACACGACUUCUGGCACACCCUUUUUGACCUUCCGACAAACUUGAUGGGUGAAUCAGCACUCAAAGUAAUAGAGUUUCAGCAAAUGUACCUUCCCAUGUGCUUGAUGUCCGUUGUAGGAGGCUCUGUGAGAUUCAAUGAGAAGCAAAGAAAAUUGUUUUUCCAGCACUACUUUCCCUGGGCUGUUCGAGCUGGUAUGCAGUCAACAGAUCUUAUGUGUAUUUACUAUGAGAAACACUUUCAUGAGGAUUUGGAAGAUGUUCAGAGAAAGUGGGGUAUAACUCCUGCUCCUGCUGUGUUUAAACAAACCCAAGCAUCAGCAGCUUCAGCUGGUGUAGCGAAGAAACCAGAGAUUUAUUGAGCACAUGUACCACAAGAUUUGCUUGAAUAUUGUGUUACUUAAACAAUUUUAUGUGUACUAGUCAUAUGAAUUAAGCAAGCAUCCUUGCUAGUAACUUCAAAGUUUCUAGAGGAAAGAUUACUCAAUGGAGGAACCAGUUUGUUGUAUAGUUUCGAACCUUCAUCACAUCAAAAGCAUAUUUCCUCAAUAACAUGAAAUCUGGUUUU